CCCAAAUACUUCUUGGCACUUUUAUACCUCCUCACCAUCACUGCACCACUUCAUUCCAACAGUGAGUAAAACCGAGAGAAGGUCAGCGCGGCAGAAACACGAAGCUGACCUGAAACUUUUUCACGUCCACGCGCUCAUUCCUCACCUCCUCUCCGAGACUUUGGGAUAAACUCCAGCAAACCGUGACCUCACCUUUCCCGACCCGGGACGCCCUGCGUGCGUGUGUUUCGGGACUUUUGUCGCAGAGGUCUGAGCACCCGGCUGGUUCUCCGUCUUACCUGUCCCAUCCACCCGUCCGUGCUGCAUCGUGUCCGGACGGCAGCGUCCCCAGUUUGAUCCUGUUCCAAUUUAUCUGAGCCCAGCUGCGAGCGACCCGUCUGCUAGAUCGAUAUCAUUUGGAUGAAGAUGAGACAACUGAGCGCAUUCAUCCUGUUGACCCUGGCUGUCCUCGCAACAGCCAGACCAAAAACAGAACCUGCGCAGAAAUGUAAGACUGGUCCGGUGGAUCUAGUCUUCCUCAUCGACAGCUCCCGCAGCGUUAGGCCACAUGAGUUUGAGACCAUGAGGAAGUUUAUGAUUGACAUCAUUAACACCCUGGAUAUUGGACUAAAUGCCACCAGAGUGGGAGUUGUUCAGUAUUCCAGUCAGGUCCGCACUGAGUUCACUCUGAAGACUCACGCCAGGCUGAGCAACAUAGUGAAAGUCAAUCAGAUCAUCCCCCUCGCUCAGGGUACCAUGACCGGACUCGCCAUCAGAUACAUGAUGAAUGAAGCUUUUACUCCAGAGGCUGGAGACAGGCCAAAGGUUCCAAACGUGGCCGUGAUCGUGACAGACGGACGUCCUCAGGACCGCGUGGCUGAGGUGGCCGCUGAGGCGAGAGAAAAAGGCAUUGAGAUCUAUGCUGUGGGCGUGGCCAGGGCAGAUAUGACAUCACUGAGGGCCAUGGCGUCACCGCCCUUUGAGGACCACGUCUUCCUGGUUGAGUCCUUUGAUCUCAUUCACCAGUUUGGCAUCCAGUUCCAGGAUAAGCUCUGCGGCGUGGAUCUGUGUCUGGAGUCAGACCACGGCUGUGAGCACAUCUGUGAGAGCACUCCUGGAUCCUACCACUGCCUCUGUCUGCCCGGAUACACUGUGAACGAUGACGGGAAGACAUGCGCAGCCAUAGAUCUGUGCGCUGAGAGAAAACAUAACUGUGAACAACUCUGCGUCAGCUCGCCGGGCUCCUUCACCUGUGACUGCAACAAAGGAUACAAACUGAACAAUGACAAGAGGACCUGCUCAAUGAUCGACUACUGUUCGUUUGGGAACCACAGUUGCGAUCAUGAGUGUGUGAGCGUGCUCAAUGGCUAUCGCUGUCGCUGUAACGAGGGAUACAGGCUGCUGGAGGACAGCAAGACCUGCCAGGCCAUUGACCUGUGCGCUGAGGGGAAGCACGACUGUGAACAAGUCUGCAUCAGCGCGCCGGGCGUCUACACCUGCGACUGCAACAAAGGAUACACGCUCAAUGAGGACGAGAAGACCUGCACACCCAUUGACCUGUGUGCUGAGGGAAAGCACGACUGUGAGCAGAUCUGUGUCAGCGCUCCGGGCGUUUUCACCUGUGACUGUAACAAAGGAUUCAAACUCAACAAGGACAAGAAGACCUGCACAAACAUGAACAUGUGUAACACAGUGGAGCACGGCUGUGAGUACCAGUGUGUGAGCACUCCAGGCUCUUAUCACUGCAUCUGCCCCGAGGGACAGCUGCUACAGGACGACGGCAAGAGCUGCGGCACCUGCAAGUCUGCAAACAUCGACCUGGUGCUUCUGAUCGACGGCUCAAAGAGUGUCCGCCCUCAAAACUUUGAGCUUGUCAAAAAGUUUGUUAACCAGGUCGUCGACUCUCUGGACGUGUCUCCUCACGGUACCAGAGUCGGUCUGGUUCAGUACUCGAGCCGGGUCAGGACCGAGUUUCCCCUCAACAUGUACCACACAGCUGAUGAGAUCAAAGCUGCAGUCAUGAAGGUUGAAUACAUGGAGAAAGGUACGAUGACCGGCCUGGCCCUGAAGCACAUGCUGGAAAACAGCUUCUCUGAGGCAGAAGGCGCUCGUCCUCUGAGCCGCAGCAUUCCACGAAUCGGGCUGGUUUUCACAGACGGACGCUCCCAGGAUGACAUCACCGAGUACGCCAAGAAGGCCAAAGAAGCUGGCAUCACCAUGUACGCGGUGGGUGUUGGAAAAGCGGUGGAAGAUGAGCUCCGUGAGAUCGCGUCUGAGCCUGUGGAGAAGCAUUUCUAUUACACCACUGACUUCACCGCCAUCAGCACCAUUGCUGAAAACCUCAAACUCAAUGUCUGCCCAGAGGAGAGUCAGGGCGAGAUUGAGGUGAAGGACCCCUGUGCAUGUGAAAGUCUGGUGGAGUUCCAGCAGGCCACUAUGAACAGCCUGGAGCAGGUCACACAGAAACUGGCUGGGAUGACCGCGCGCCUGGAACAGCUGGAGAACCAGCUUUUCUCCAGGAAGUGAUCUGUUGACUUCUGAGCGAGCACAAUGGGACGAAGAGGAAGAAGAACAAACUAAAGCUUGAUUUAUAGCACUGCGGUAAAUUUACCCCAUAGCUACAGCGUAGCCUCGCGUCCUAGCACAAAGCCUGAGAACAGGCUAACGUGUUUGGUCUGCUUGGUAGUAAACUGCUGUGUAAUGGCAGUAUUUUGAUUCAGAAGAAUAAAGUAUCCCUGGAACUAAAUUGAAUAGGUUGUAAUAAUAUUGAACUUGCUUAAAAUGCAGUAGCUAUAUUCAGCCAAAGUAAGCACGCUGGUUUUUAGAUUUGCUGUGACAAAUUCAGGUUCAGACUCUAAUCAGUUCUGAAAUCUCCCGUCCUGCGUUUCUGUGGAAAGAGCUGUUCAACAUUUAUUAGCUUCAAGACCAACGAAAGAUCUCUGGGGAGAUUGAACACAGGACGAUAAAUCAAGCUUUGAGAAGAGUUCGGCACAUUCCGACAAACCAAAUCCUCCAAAUCAGCCUCAACGGAAGAAAGUGUCUCCACUCUACGACAUUUUUCCAAGUAAAGGUGCUCUUAUACAACAAACGGUCAUAAAACACAUGGAUUUGAUAUUUCAGGUUCCCCAUGACAUCUGUUACCUCUGCCAUUUUCUUUUUGGGGAUAUUUGUGUUUAACACAGUUUGCAUAAAAAAUGAACAUCUGAAAAGUGAAGCUAAUAGAGAAUUGCCUUAAAUCUACGCCUCACUUGAUCUAUGACCUCAGUUAACCCUCACAUGAUGAGUUCAUGGUCAAAAAAACGAGUUUACUGUAUGUAGUAAAUAUCAGCACGAACAUGAUUCAGUAAAAAUCUGAAUUUUCUCACACACAGUGUUCAUUCGUCGCCACCCAUCAUUCGCCUGUUCUUUAUUUAUAAUUUGAUCUCUUUUGUAUGGUUUGUUAAAUAUGACGUGUUUAUUACAGUUUGUUUUAUUUUAAUCAGCAGCAGAAUGACAAAAAGUAAUGAAGUGCUAUUACCACUCUGAAUAUUAAAGUCCUUUGGGUCAUUUUCAGUAAAGUCAUUACGUGCUUGCAUGUAGACGGUAGAUUUUUAUCUUAGGCCUAAAUGGUUAAAAGUGGUGAAGAGAAAACUGAGGUGUAGUUUUUAAAAAAGGGAAUUUUAGAUGUUUAAAUAUCACUAUUCACCGAGGCUGUGGUCGAGUAAAGUAAAUGUGAGCGCAGUGCAGGAAUCAGUGCACAGAAAUGUACUAUGAAUGAAGAAAGGUCACCCUAAAGGAAUAUUAAAAAAACUGAAUUACAGUCAUAAAGUCACUCUGUAAAUGAACCACCUGAAGAUUGUGUUGAAUGUCUGUGUCUUAUAAUAUAUAAACGACUGCCACAAAUUUAUACCCCUUUGUAUUUGAAUCCCUGUAUUUUUUGUAUAUUUUAUAACAGGUUUACAUUUUUUGUAUUUUUCUAAGGAGUCUCUGUAUUACAGCACAGACGACAAUAAAGGAGUGAACUU